CUGUGGGUUCCUUUGUAUGCACUUUAUUAGAAAAUAAUGGGACUCUUUAUGCAAAUUAGUUGAGAAGACGUCUGGACAAGCGCUCCAGGCCCACCAGCUUGGAGUAUAAAAAGCCCCGUGCUGGAGCACACCUGCAUUCCCGCCUGGGUCGCCUAGUCCUCACUGUCCAUCCACACCGCUCUCACCACCCUACACCAUGACUCGUUACUUCUGCUGUGGAAGCUACUUCCCAGGCUAUCCUUGCUACGGAACCAACUUCCAUGGAACCUACAGAGCCACUCCCCUGAACUGCGUGGUGCCUCUGGGCUCUCCCCUGCAGCACGGCUGCUACAGCUCCAUGGCCUACGGCCCCUGUGGGAACAACUUCACCAGCAACAUGUGCUACGGCCGCAGCUUUAUCCGGCCAUGGGGCCAUAACUCUGGCUUUGGCUACAGCACCUACUGAUGGACUGACCAACAGCUCUGGCAACUUCAGGACUCUUGACCCAUUCUCUGUGCACAGAAGAAACUGAAGAACAGUGAGCAUCUUUCUAAUUCCAGAUGUUCUUUGAAGACAUUGAUAUCGCACUGUGGCCUUGUUGUUUGCAGCCGAUAAACUAUUUACUCAGGACUCAAAUGCUCUACUGAUGAUACUCAUCCAUCUGAAGCAAAGGAAGCAAGACACAUUUUUCCAAUCCCUGAAUUUUAGCGAUGAAAUGAGUUAGUUGAUUCCCAAGUGGCUGUGUACCUGUGUUAACUUGUACACUAACCUCUCUGUAUUACAAAUUUGGCAUG